AUGUCGACCGCCGCGAUCAAUACCAUGGCUUCGAACUCGAAUAGCACCGCGCUUCAACCCAAUAAUGCUGCUGCGGACCUCAAACCGAAGGGCGAGAGUGCUGCGAAAGUGAAGCCCUGCUGCGUAUGCAAAGACGAAAAAGCCGCCCGCGACGAAUGCAUGCUCUUCUCCAACGCCAAAGACCCACAGGAAGCUUGCCAGGAUCUGGUCUCGAAGUACCGAAGUUGUAUGAGCAGUUAUGGAUUCAACAUCGCGUAG